UCUCCCCUUUGGAUGGUGUAAACUUCCUCUCGUGACACACAUUGCACUGUCUACAUCCUACAUGUCACAUCACCAAAUCAUUAAAUGACAGAGGUCAACGCUUCGCAACGAAUGAAUGAUGGCUGCGGUGGACAAGAUCAAGAUCGUCGUUGUGGGAGACUCUGGAGUUGGGAAGACCUCAUUAGUUCAUCUUAUUUGUCACAAUGAGACAACAAGCAAUCCUGGCUGGACCAUCGGAUGUUCUGUGGAGGUCAAGCUACAUGAGUACAAAGCGGGAACCCCUUCACAGAAAACCUACUUUACAGAAUUAUGGGAUGUUGUUGGAUCUACUAGCCAUGAAAAUAGCCGUGCAAUAUUUUAUAAUCCGGUACAUGGUAUCAUUCUUGUCCAUGACCUGACGAACAGAAAAUCACAUCAUAAUUUACGUAAAUGGUUACAGGAGGUCCUAAACCGUGACAACCCCAAGGACAACAAUGGGUAAGGCACUAAAAUGGUUACAGGAGGUUCUAAACCGUGACAACCCCAAGGACAACAAUGGGUAAGGCACUGAAAUGGUUACAGGAGGUCCUAAACCGUGACAACCCCAAG